AUGAGUAAUAUGGAGAUUGUUCUAAAAGAAGAAGAUGUCUACUCUGGUAAUGUCAAGGGAAUGAUCCCACAUGGCAGAGGUACAUACAAAUGGAAAAACGGAACAGUUUACGAGGGUUGUUGGGAAGAAGGAAAAAUGGCUGGUAAUGGAAAGAUCACUUGGUCAUCUGGAGCAAGUUAUGAAGGGUCAUGGAGGUUGAACAUUCAACAUGGGUUUGGAAGAAAGCAAUAUAGUAAUUCAGAUGUUUACGAUGGUUCAUGGAGAGAGGGUGUUCAUGAAGGAAGUGGUAAAUACACUUGGUGUAAUGGCGACAUGUAUAUGGGAAGUUGGAAAGGUGGAUUGAUGUGUGGUAGAGGGGUGAUGAAAUGGCUGAAUGGUGAUUUGUUUGAUGGUAAUUGGUUAAAAGGGGAUAGGCAUGGGACAGGGGUUUAUAGGUUUGUAGAUGGUAAUUAUUAUUUUGGGACAUGGACGAAUGGCCUCAAGGAUGGAUUGGGUAUGUUUUAUCCUGCAAUAAGUAUUAGGAGUUCAUCUUCUGGAAGAUUAGGAAAAAAGAAAGCUUCAAAACCUCAUAGUAUAGUUCGGAGUAUAUCUAUAAAGAAACCUAUUAAAGGAUUAUUUAGAGACAUGGGUCGAAUAUCAAACAAGAAAAUUUCUGUUGGAGUUUCUUCUAUGGAGUCCUCUGCGUUAAAUAGUACCGAGUUAUUAUCUCAUAACCUUGAUGAAGGUGAAAGUGUAGAUGAUUAUAAUAGUAGCAAUGUAGUUUGGGAAAGGGAAUACAUACAAGGAGUUUUGGUGAAAGAAAGAACUAAAAAUAAUGCGAAGGUUUUAAGCAAAAAGGAACAACAACGAAUAUUUCUUAUGGAGGAAAUGAAAAGGAAGUCAACUUUGGAUAUUUUUGAAUCCCGUAAGAGCAACUAUAUGAUGCUUAAUCUGCAACUAGGAAUCAGGUACACUGUUGGCAAAAUUACACCGCUUACUAUGCGUGAAGUGAGAUAUUCAGAUUUUGGAGAACAAGCAAGGAUAAGGGUUUAUUUCCCUAGGAAAGGCUCACAAUCGACACCUCCACAUAAUUCAGUUGAUUUCUAUUGGAAAGACUAUUCUUUUAUGGUCUUCAGGAAUUUGAGGGAACUAUUCAAAUUAGAUGCUGCAGAUUAUAUGAUGUCAAUAUGUGGGGAUGAUGGUUUAAUAGAGCUUUCUUCUCCAGGGAAAAGUGGAAGCCUUUUUUAUCGCUCUCAUGAUGACAGAUUUGUGAUUAAAACAUUACGAAAAUCCGAGCUCAAGGUUUUACUCAAGAUGCUUCCUAGCUAUUACAAUCAUGUACAAGCACACGAUAAUACCAUGAUUACUAAAUUUUAUGGCAUCCACGAGAUAACACCAAGAGGUGGCAAGAAGGUACAAUUUGUGGUCAUGGGAAACAUGUUUUACACUGAUUUGAGGAUACACCGUCAUUAUGAUUUGAAGGGUUCAUACUAUGGAAGAAAUACAAAUACAUAUAAUAUUAUAGAGGCCACCACACUGAAAGACCUUGAUCUUACUUAUAAAUUCCAUAUGGACAAGUCACUCCGUGAUGCACUUUUCACACAAAUUAAUCUGGACUGCAUGUUUCUAGAAUCUCAACAAAUUAUAGAUUAUAGUCUUCUAUUGGGAUUGCAUUUUAGAGCUCCUGAACAUUUGAAGAGUAUGUUAGAACCACCAGAUGCUUAUGCAUUCAACAGGCCUCAGAAUACUACUGAUGAUGGAGCAAUUUUUCGUGUGGAUCGUACAAUUCAACCAACGGGACUUCUCCUAGUGACUCAUGAACCAGAUUCUGUAAACACCGCACCAGGUCCGCAUAGUAGAGGAAGUACUUUGAAAGCAUUUUCGGUAGGGGACAAGGAAGUUGAUGUCCUUCUUCCCGGUACUGGAAGGUUACGGGUGCAAUUAGGUGUGAACAUGCCGGCUCAAGCAAACCAUAAGGUUUCUCAUGACAUUUCCGGUUCCACAGAAGUCGAACUUUUUGAGGUCUACGACGUUGUUCUUUAUCUCGGUAUAAUUGAUAUACUUCAGGAAUACAACACAAGAAAGAAAAUAGAACAUGCAUAUAAAUCUGUACUCCAUGACCCUAUGUCAAUAUCUGUUGCUCCACCUAAAUUUUACUCUAACCGCUUCUUCAAAUUUCUAGAGAAAGUUUUCCCUUCUAAUAAUUGAAUUAAAUAUUUAUAUUUAUAAUGUAACACUUGAGAUAUUUGUAAACUUUUGAACAAUAGAGGCAAAAUACAGUUAGGGUAAUUACUUCGCUUGGUUUUCAUUUUAGUAAUCAUUUAUAUUUACAAUGUAACACUUGAGAUAUUUUUUUUUGUCUCAAACAAGCCCCUCGUGCUUGGGUUGAGAAAUUUUCCACGGUAAUUACUUCUCUUGGUUUUUAUCCUAGUAAUCAUGAUUCGA